AUGGCCUUUUCCAAUUCCACGCCGGGAUCCGGUGGCCGUGCGACCUCCCCGACCGUUUUUGAACAACAACGCGAGGAGCUGGUUCGAGAAAUUGCCCUUGGUAUGGAGCAGGUCCUCCAGAAUAUGAAUCGUCUCAAUCGAAACCUAGAAAGUAUCAUUACGGUCGGAAACGAGUUCAGCUCCGUAGAAGCUUUAUGGUCACAAUUUGAAAACUACAUGGGCCGACCACAGGAAGAGGUGGAAGAGGCUGCUCAAGGGAAACGGACGACCGGUGAGAGCCAGACCCAUGCAGGAACACAGCAUGAGUCUAGUGACGAGUCGAUGAGUGGCCAGUAG